UGCUCAGCUAUUUGGAUCUUUGGAAGGCCACCAUUACCUGAGGAAUAUUUGGAGGUUCAACUCAAACUCGAGGAGAUACAGAAAGCAGUACAGGCCUGAAAACAGCAAAGAGCAGGACAGGAUCAAGGAGACAAAAAGAUAUAAAGAAAGCUAAAGCAAGGACAGAAGUCUUAGACCAAACACACAAAAGACAGACAGCAAUUAAGUGAAUGACGAGGGAAAAGGAAAUUGUUCUUGAAGAAAUGAGGCAUCUAAGGACAAGCACGGGAGAAAAAACUUUUAUAGUGGUAUCACAGAGGAAGAGACUGAGUGAGAAGAAGGCGGUGGUGCUUGGCAUCACAGAAAACAUCGAGAUGGAGAUGUUUUCCUCAAUGGAGCCCCGUGUUGUGACAUUAACCCAGGAGGAGGAAGAAGUCAGCUUUGUCCAAACGCACCCGGAGCAUCCCCUGGUCCCUGACGGUGAGGAGGAACCCAGGCCUCAGGUUGAGACUUCAUCCAGGCAGCAUACCCAGCCCAAAAUCGAUCCUCUUGUUGAGACAGAAGCUGAGAACUUCCCCACUGCCCUAGGAUUAAUGGAAGAUAUUAAAAUAGAGAUGAAGGUGCUUCCUCCCGUCAGAUUGUCUGAAAAUGAAUUAUUGGAUACAAAAGCAGAGGAUCGUUCCAUUACGGCCACGCCAUCUCCGAACAAAGCCAGUCGUCUCAAGUGGAAGAAACUUUCUCAGCAGAAGACUGGAUUGGUUGUCAAAGAUGUGGUCUGUCUACCCAGAGGACGCUACCUGGCACAACUGGAGAGACACACUGUUCCACGAAGCAAAGAACGAGCAGCUCUAGCGGCCAGGGGAUUGACUACUCGCAUCACCAUAGAUCAGAACUGGUCGGCCAAUCAGAUGCAGAGUCGGCUGGCGACGUUCUUCAGGGGACAGUUUGUGAAACGGGCAGGACAACAAUUCUCCUUCACAUAUUUACAGUGUGUACCAGGCUCUAGGGUACUGUUUGUCCCAGACCCUCCGACAGAGGGCUGGACUGGAGAGCAGGUGCUCAGGACUUCUGGACAUGGUGCUUUGUACAUCCUAAGCCACCAGGAAUACCCACAGGCAGGAUCGGAGCUGUCUGUCAUUGAGACACCUAUUCUGAACAGGAAGGAGUUUUGUGUAGAGGCAGAGAGCUGCCUUCACAGAAACAUUGAGCUGAUUCACACCCGGCCUGUUGUUCCGAGGAUCACAGAGGAGUCCUCCCUCGACCUGGACACCAUCCUGAGAGUGUUCAAACAGGAGAACAUGGAUGGAGACCUGGUGACGUACAUCCAGGUGAGGAGGAGAGACCUGCUCCAAAGCGCUCUGAAGUUGGUGAGGAGGCCUGGCUUCUGUUUCAGUACGAUACCCAUCAUCGCUUUCAGUGGAGAGGAGACGGACGGGCACGAGGGACCUCUCAGAGAUUUCUUCAGCUUGACUUUGUUGGAGCUGCUGAGAACUUCUGUAUUUGAGGGUCUUCCAGGGCGUCUGUUCUUCACCUAUGACCUCGCUGCUCUUAGAGACAGGAAGUAUUACGAAGCAGGCGUUCUGAUUGGCUGGUCUCUGGCUCAUGGCGGGCCUGGACCCCGUUGUCUACACCCUGUGCUCUUCCAGAUGAUGUGUGGCAGGAAUCCAUCUUUGGAGGACUUCAGCUGGAGAGACGUUGUUGACACUGAAGCACAGAUCCGACUGCAACAGCUGCAAAGCUGUUCUGAUGUGACGAAGCUUUCUCCCAGUCUGUGUGACUGGGUGUCAAAAUGUGGGAUCCCUGGAGUUUUUUCGGCCCAUUCUGAUGAAAUACCAUCUAUCUAUAUCCGCCUGGUCAAACAGUACAUCCACCACAGGGUGGCUUGUAUGAUCUCCCAGUUCACCGACGGGAUGAACAGCUGUGGUGGUUUGUGGGGUACGGUGCAGUCCCACUGGGAGGAGUUUGUGCCAGUGAUGACCAGCGCACAGCGUCAGCCUCUGAUGCUAAAAGAGUUCAAACAGCUUAUCAAAAUACGCUACAGCCGUGCAGACAGCCAGCUGAGGGCAGCCGAGGAGGAAACGGCAGGACACUGGGAAACAGUUCUCACUUUAGUCAGCGAUGGUCAGGCAGACUUUUGCUUUGAAGACCUCCUCAACUUCAUCACUGGAGCCCAUCAUCUGCCUCCUCUUGGGUUCCCCAGAUUGAUCUCCCUGUGUUUUUUCUCCCAGGAUGCAAGCAUGUCAGGCGUGUGUCUGCCUCACACCUCCACCUGUACUCUGGAGUUCUUCCUGCCAAGGGGAGUUUCAGCGCCUGCAGACCUGAUGGAGAUGCUGAGCAGAGCCAUGCACGUGGCCCUUGGCUUUAAACGUUUUCAGGUUGAGUGAGAUGGAGAAGGCAGCUUCAGCCCACUGCAAAAUGGAUGCCUUCCUUGAUACUUGAAGACCUGCGGAGAAUGUCUUUUAUAUUCGGCAAAUGGUUUUGCAGAAUAUGAACAAAGUGAUUAAAUGGAAACCAAGUCCACAGUUUGGGGAACGGUAGUAUUUUGUGAACAGUUUGUCACUAAAACUCAUGACCAAAUGCAGGAGCGCAGACAGAUUUGAGUCAUUUGAGUUAUGUUUAUAAUAGCUGCUGUGCACAUUAUUAAUUUAGUGUUGUUUGAACGAUGGGUCUUUAGAAGAGUUGGAAACAGUUAAAGAGUUUUGGCUGUAGUAGAUCAGAUAUGAUGUGUUGACAUACUGCAUGCUCUCAGUUGUUACAGUAAAGUGAGCUUGCAUGCUAUAUAAUUAAACAAAACAACAAUCUAUUUUUGAAGCACCACUUAAGAGUAGGACAUUCAAAUAAAACAACAAUAUAAAACAUUUAUUUAUUUUUCAAUUAAGAUAAUCAUUAAUGUUUUGUUUAUGUAUUUUAAAGCCUCUCCAAUGAACGGUAGAUACAGAUUCCAGAAUCAUGACACAGAAUGCAUCUCUUUGACAUCUUACAAAAUGGCUCAUUUGAAUAAUUGACAUUAUGUGUCUCUACUGAUUUUUGAGAAAAUGUUUAAUAUAAAUAUAUGUAACUUAAAUUGUAUGUAAUUUUGUAUUUCCAUGUGUUUUAAUUGUAUUUGAUAAAAAGAUAGUGUGCUACAAUUCUUUACAAAUUAUUCAUUAAAGA